GGAACAGCGUAGCUGUGAUGACGCCAUCAGCUAAGGACAGACUGGAUUAUUACAACGCAGCCUUCCUAGAGACUUUCUAUGAAAAGGACAUGCUUAUAGCUGCCCCAUACCCCAAAACAAGCCACCCCGUGGACCUUAUAAGACUGCUUGUUGACCAGGAAUCCAGUAGUGUGGUAUUUAUAAAUCAACUGACGGACAUACCCUCGUGUGCUGAGUUGUUGAACCAGCAAAAAACAGAUAUAGGACCAUAUGAAGUUCAGCAGGAAGAAUCAGCUAAAAUAUCUGCAAAUCUUCGUAGACGUAAAAUAAAAAUUAGGAAAAAUGAGCAAACUAAAUGGAUGGCGAUUAACAUGUACGAACUUCUCUGCUGGGGAACAGACGACAUUCUCCCGUCUGACCUUGGAGCUUUGUCUGACGUCAUCAAAUAUAUCAGAAUGGAUAGCAGUAAAAGAACCGAACACGCACCAAUAAUAGUCUUGUCAAAAGAUGGUGCGACCGGAUGUGGAAUUUUCUGCGCCGUGUAUAACGCCAUACAACAGCUACUGCAGGACAAUGAAGUAGACAUGUUUACCAUAGUCCGGCAGUUACAAAGACAAAGACCGGAAAUGAUAUCAUCUGAGAUUGAAUACAGAGCCUGUCAUGACGUCACUUUACUUUGCCUUCAAGAUAUAGAACUAGAGCUUCAGCAAGAGGAUUUCAACGCCACAGACAAGGACUAUGUCAAUACGUAGGCAAGGCCUAUGUCAUUAUGUAGACAACGACUAUUUCAAUACGUAGACAAGGACUAUGUCAUUAUGUAGAA